AGGCUUUUAAACAUUUAAGAUUAAAAAAAAAAAAAAACAAGAAAUUUGUAGCUUUGGUUGAAGGGUGGCAACUGGCAAUAAUGGCAUUCGUCAAAACAGCUCAACUAAGCACCAUUCUUCUUUUGUGCUUAGCUCUUGCCUGUUGCGAGGGCAUCAUGGGUCCAUUUAAUGCAGCAGAGGCUCUAGCCAAAGCCAGAGAUGCUGCUAUCGGCAAAGUAGGCCCUGAUGUAAAAACGUUUAAUGUAUUAGAAUAUGGUGCAAAGGCUGAUGGAAAGGGUGAUAGUUCAAUUAAUUUUAUCAGGACCUUCAAGGCUGCAUGCAAUUUCCAUGGAAAUGCUAUGAUGGUCAUCCCUGAGGGGAACUUCUUAAUAGGACCGGUCAUAUUUUCGGGACCCUGCUUUAAUCCAUCUCCCCUAAUUAUUCAAGCUAAUGGAAUAGUUAAAGCACAAUCUGAUAUUUCCUACUAUGGCGGUGGAGCAGAUGGUACAGAUUGGAUCACAGUCCAAGGCAUUGACGGCUUGAUUCUCACUGGACAUGGUACUUUCCAUGGCCAAGGUGCCGAGGUAUGGAAGUACAAUAACUGUGCCAAGAAAUCUAGCUGCGUCCGUUUGCCUGCUACUAUGAAGUUCCUUAGGGUAAACAAUGCAAUCAUCCGUGGCAUAACAUCCAUUGACCCCAAAGGGUUCCACAUCAUGAUCAGCUGGAGCCAAAACUUCAGGAUCUUCAACCUUAAUUUACAAGCCCCUGCAGAUAGCCCCAACACUGAUGGCAUUCACAUGAGCAAAUCUAACCUAGUGAAAAUAUCCAAAAGUGUCAUUCGCACAGGCGAUGAUUGCGUCUCUAUGAUCCAAGGAUCCACCAACAUCAGCAUCAAGAAAGUAUUUUGCGGCCCUGGCCAUGGUUUCAGUAUCGGUAGCCUUGGCCACUACGAUGCUGAGUCUGAUGUUAGAGGGAUCAUCGUGAGGAACUGCUCACUGACAGACACAGAAAAUGGAGUUAGAAUCAAAACAUACAAAACUGCAUCCCCAAGUAAAGCUUCAGGCAUGGUUUUCCGAGACCUAAUCAUGACCCGAGUUAGGAACCCCAUCUUCAUCGAUCAAGAAUAUGGAAACAAGAGAAGCAGUCAGCCAUCAAAAGUAAGCAUCAGCGAUAUUCACUACAUAAACAUCAAGGGAACUACAACUAGCAAAGUUGCAGUCCAACUAAUUUGCAGCGCAUCAAAUCCAUGCCAGGGGAUUCGGAUAAACAAUGUCAACUUGCAGUACGUUGGUCUUCCAAAUGACAAGGAGCGUUUCAGUUCUAACUGUACUAACGCGAAGGUUGUCUACAUUGGCUUCCAAAGCCCUCCCCCUUGCCGUUAAGCGCUUACAGUUGAAACGGCAAUUCUUUUCCAUCUGAACGAAGGAAAUUGGUCUGGUAUGCCGGAAAGAGAAUGACCGCA